AUGUUGGUAUUAUUGCAGAUAGUCAUAUCCGUGAUCGCCGCGAGAUUAAUCCAUGGAUAUACGAUAAAUUUAAAAGAAUCUGAAGAUAAGUCAUCGACCUUUCAACGUUUUGAAAAUUCAAAUUUUCCUAUACAAACCUUUGUAAGAACUGUUAAAAAUGUCAACGAGGGACCGAUAGCAGGUUAUCCGAAAGUACCACCACCGAACGCUUACGAAUCCGGUGGUUUGGCUGAUGAUUUGCUUCCGCCUCUGGGCAACGAAGGUUCCCAAUUCAAUAGAAGAUUGAUUUUUAAAAGAAGCAUAGAUCAAUUUGUAUUACCUUUGAAGACUGAUUACACGAUUCGAAACGAACCGUUGGUUAAAAUUACACCGGAUGAUAAAAUAACCGUUCAAACGACGUUUGCACCGACCGUUGACACCGUGGUACAAAAACUCGUCGAUCCUAAAACUGGUUACCCGUUAAAAGCACAACCGGAUUGGGCUUACGCUGGUGGAAACGAAGAGAUUUUGGAUUUACCGAUUGAAGAUGAUCGAAGGGAAGAUGAAAAAAGAGCCGUCGAUCCGAAGACGGGAUAUCCGUUGGUUGCCGAACCCGGUUGGGCGCAUGCAGGAGGAAACGAAGACAUUAUUGAUUUGCCACUCGAACAGUUACAACAGACAAACGAACAAAACGAAGCGGUAGAUCCUAAAACUGGAUACCCGUUGAAAGCGCAACCCGGUUGGGCAUAUGCUGGAGGAAACGAAGAAAUUAUCGAUUUGCCCCUCGAACAGUUACAACAGACAAACGAACAAAACGAAGCAGUAGAUCCUAAAACUGGAUACCCGUUGAAAGCACAGCCCGGUUGGGCAUAUGCCGGAGGAAACGAAGAAAGUUUAGAUCUUCCAUUGGAGGAUGCUCAACAAUCUAAUGAAAAAGAACCUGUCGAUCCUAAAACUGGAUACCCGUUGAAAGCACAACCCGGUUGGGCAUAUGCCGGAGGAAACGAAGAAAGUUUAGAUCUUCCAUUGGAGGAUGCUCAACAAUCGAAUGAAAAAGAACCUGUCGAUCCUAAAACUGGAUACCCGUUGAAAGCACAACCCGGUUGGGCAGAUGCCGGAGGAAACGAAGAAAUAAUUUCAUUACCCUUAGAUGACGUCGUUUUAAAUGAAAAUAAUAAUAAUAAUAAUAAAGUCGAUCCGAAAACGGGAUAUCCAUUGGUUGCACAAGAAAACUGGAAAGAUGCCGGUGGUAAUGGUAAUAUAUUGGAUUUACCUAUUGAAGAUUCAUCAUCUAUUCUCUUGGGUAUAAACACAAGGCAAUCAACCGAUGAAAUAACAAGACGUGGUACGACGAUUCAACCUUUUGGACAAGUUCUCGGUGAACUCAAACAACAACAACAACCCAAAGUCGAUCCGAAAACUGGUUACCCACUCGUGGCACAACCCGAAUGGUUUGACGCCGGUGGAAACGGUGAUAUAUUAGAUCUUCCUUUAAAUUCAUCCGAGGAAAAAGGAAAAGUCGAUCCGAAAACCGGAUACCCGUUGAAAGCAGAAUCGAGUUGGGCAUUUUCCGGCGGUGACGAAUCAAAUAUAGAUUUACCAUUCGAAGACACUGGAAACAAUUCUGAUGGAAAUGUCAUCAUCGAAGAACAACAACUUAUAGAACUUAAACCUCCAUCAAUCGGUGGUGAUUAUUCUACUGAAUUUACAGACAACCUUCCGACAUCUUUCGGUUCGACGGGUGAUUCUUCCACACAAUUUACAAAAAACCCACCUUUCGGCCUUCAACCGUUUCAUCAAGUACCAACAACCCAAUCCUCGCUCCUCAAUGGAUCAUCCAAUUUCAACGGUUCGAGUAAACCUGUUAUCACUCGAUUCCCUUCGAACGGAAACAACAAUUUUCAAAAUAAUUUUUUCAAUCAAAGGAAAACAAACGAAUUAGAAUUAAAUGGAGGAAUUGGUGGUAUUCAAAGGAGUCAUGAUUUUUCAAAAAUAUCACCGAGAAAUUCGGGAAUUUUUAUUUAUCACAACAAUCCGACAUCAACAACCACAACAACAGGUGCAUCAGGUUUUGUAAGACCUCAAAAUUCCCUGGCCACUUCUUAUCACAUCACAAAUUUUUUCCGGCAAAUUUGA